AAAGCCCCUUCCUUAACACUCCUCUGGAUAAGGAAAAUUCCCGCCCAUUAGAUUUGUCCUCGGCGUCCCCAACCCUCCUUGUUCUGGGGGUGAAUAAAUAGCCGGGACCCGGGGGCAGGUGGGGAGUGGGUGGGUGUCUGUGGCCAGGGUGCUCCUCACCUUGUGGGUGCAGGGGCUCCCUUUGCACAGGGGGGCUUCCAGGGCUGAGAGGUCACCAAAGGAUUUUUGGGGGUGCCACCAUGCCCCUUGGCCAGCUGAAGUUCAAGGAGCUGGGUGAAGAGGAGCCCAGCUGGGAGGAGGAGAACCUGGACAGCGUGAAGGCGCUGACGGCCAAGCUCAAGCUGCAGACGAGGAGACCUUCCUACCUGGAGUGGGAAGCCCGGGUGAGGGGACAGCGCUGGGAGAGCCGGACCCGCGGGGGGGCGUGGGGGGCAGAGCAGAGCUCUGGGAACCCAGAGGAUGAGCGGGAUGGCAGCGUCUGCGGCUUUGCCUCCAUGGAGGAGGCUCUGGAGUGGGUCAGGACGGAGCUGCAGGAGAUGCAGGCUGUGGACCAGCACCUGGCGCAGCAGCUGAUGCGCCUGCGGGCGCAGCUGCACCGGCUGAAGGUGGAGCAGGCCUGUCACCAGCACAAGGAGAUGCUGGAUGACGCUACCUUCGGCCUGGAGGGCUGCGAGGAAGACUCCGACCUGCUCUGCAACAUCCCACCCAAGGCUGCCUUCCUGCUCUCCAUGCCCCUCAAGCACAUCGGCGUCACCCGCAUGAACAUCAACUCCCGACGGUUCUCCCUCUGCUGAGCAGGACCCCACGGCCACCUGUGGGUGUGCCCGGACCUGGUAGGGCUCCAGAAUUCCUCCCAAAAAUGCCUCCAGGACUAUGGAGCUGCUGUUGGGGCUGAGAUCCCCUCGGGGUGGGCAGUGCUGAGCUGAGGUGCUGCCACCCCUGCCAUGGUGGCGGGGGAAAUGCCACCGUCCCCAUCGGGCACAGGGUGUUUUUGGGCACCCAGUGCCCUGUCCCUAAGGAUGGUGGGGUCAGCUACAGUGGAAAACAUGGGGAGCAGCCCUUUGAGGAGGAAUAAAAG